AUGGGAAAUACGAAUACUGCUAUUCAACUCUAUCGAAGGAAGAUUGAUAUACAUGGUAAUUAUGUUCAUUUUCCUGGUUAUACGAUUGUCUCACAUGCUAUACAUCCAUUAUCAAAACAAUUAAUUGAUCUUGUUAAUUAUCUCACUUCAAGUGAACUUACAAAAUAUUAUUCAUUUCUACCAAUAACAAGUUAUCAUGUUACUAUAAAUCCACUUGAAAAUGUUCAUGAUGAACAUAAAUCUCUGUUAGAACAAGAACAACAUAAAUUAAAAGAACAAAAUACUUCAAUGAUAUGUACAGCUGAAAAAUUCGUCUGUACGAAAUGUAUAUUAAUUGAAGUACUGUUUAAAGAUGAUUAUAAUCAAAACUUUGAAACUAUUAUUAAAAAUGUUCGAUCUAAUGAUUUACAAGAAGCAAAAAUUCUAUAUAAUUAUAAACAACCUUGGCAUUUAACAUUAGCUUAUCAAUAUAAAGAUAUAGAAAAUAAUGAAAUUAAAACAAAACUUGAACAAAUAAUCAAAAAUAUUCCUCAAACAUUAAAACCUCCGUUUCAUAUUCUACUUGAUCAUGUAAGAAUAUGUCAUUAUAACGAUAUGACAAAAUUUACACCGAUUUGA